AGAAAAAAAAUUAGAAGAAGACGAGUCAACAUGGCGGCGCCCUACAGCUGCAGCUACUGACAAACAGCGAGUUAGGUCAAUGUAACAACUGGGUUCUUCUCAAUAAGAAGUAGGACGGGUGGUGGCAUGUUUCCAGAAACGGCUCAGCGUCUCGGAGCGGUGGCUCCGUUGUUCUCUCAAACCGUUUUCCUGAGGGAUUUGAUUCGGUUGUCCGCACAUGGAGGAGUCGGCCGUCUGCAGGCCCGGAGGCACUUCGGUGUCAGCCCACGUCUGACAGCCAAAAUCACUCCUCAGCGGAAACCCAGGGAGAGAGUGGAAAUCCCGGGAUUGGAGAUGAUCACGUACGGAGAACGGAUGCACUAUGUACCGGGGCUGGCUAAGCCCGUGUACCCACAUUGGGAGAGGGACUAUAAGGACCCGAGAUAUUACUGGUCUCCCCCUCGUGAACAGAUGCCACUGUACAAAGACAAACCGUGCUAUGUGUUCCACCAGAGGACCAGUAUGCUGGAAGGUGUGCUUCAGGCUGCAUGGUUGACCAAAACCAAGUUGAUCUCGGGUUUGCCCCCUCAGCUCCUCUCAUUGGCCGAGACGUCUGGGAAUCUGUUGCCAGAUCAGGAUGAGCGGGUGCAGAAUGCCAUCAAACACGCCCGCUUCUGGGACACGACAGAGGCUCGUCCAAACAAAUUGAAAUACAGCAACACUUUGCUGCUCAACCUGCUCCAUCUGUGUACGACCCUACAGACCACUUACCCAGCCAUCGGAAGGAGGAGCCUUACGGAGAAGUACUCGCUGAAGGCCUCGUGGAAAAGAGGUGAGGACCUGUUGCAGGUUAGGGGUCAGAAUGGUUUAUUGCAUAACAGCAUGGAUCCUCUCCCAGAGGUUUCUGGGAAAAAGGAAGUGUCAGACACAGCAGAUCAUGUCCUGAAAACCUUCUAUCCCGUCUCCCCCACCAUCGACCUGCAGAAAGUGCAAUUAUACAAAGAGGAGGAGAACUGCACAGGUUUUGUGGGGGACUAUCCUUACCCUCACGCCCACACGCUUUACUUGCUGGAGUCUGAGGAGCGAUAUAAACUUGGCCCAGAGCAGUUUAAAGCCAAGAUGAUCAUGUUCGCCUUUGGAAAUGCUCUGGCCCGCGCACACAUACAGUAUGGAACGCAGCCCCUGCGUGAAUUAGAUCGUCCUAUAACUGUACAGGCCGUGGGGACCAACGGUAGACUGUUCCACUUUCUGGUUUACCAGCUCAACACCACAGAUCUCUCAGGAGACGAUGGGAUUAAGAACCAGAUGUGGCUGGAUGAAACCGUUGAGCUGUAUGAUUAUGCCAAAGUCAAACCACUCAUCAAGAAGAGACAAGUGAAGGUACCAGCAGGUCUGGCAGGAUACAAGCCUGAAGCAUUCAACAAGUUCCUGGCCCUGUACCUGCAUGGAGUUGUAUAGGGCUGUGUACGAACAUGGGCUCAUUUCAAAUGUUUAUGUGUGUGAAUGGACACAUUGUUUAGCAGUGGGUUACUGUUUAAGAUUGCUAGUGUCUGGUGUCUGUCUACUGUUUUACUAAAAAAAAAUAAAUGUUGUCAUAGACAAGUUAAACCAA